GUUGUAGUGGGCUCCAUUACUUCCUUGGCAGGUGAUGCUGUAGCUCACACGGGGCUUGCAGAGCCUCCCUGCUUAUCCGGUUGUAAUUAUAGAGAGGUGACCUGGUUUCAGCACCCAGGCCCGUCAACAGCUCCAGCGCACAGCGCACAUUUGGCGAGCCCCUCCACGCCUGGUGGUGCGUCUGACAGAGCGGGUACCGGGGCGCAGCCUCCGCGGCGGUUUCAGCACCAGCGGGCGGCCGGAGCGCAGCGGAGCGGAGCUGUCCACACAUUCAGCACUUGUCUUCUGGGGGGGGAACUGAGCCAGAUCAUAGACAGCAAGCUAGCCAGGAUAUUUAUCUUGCCUCUGGACAAUCUGAGACAGCGUAUAUUUCAGGAUGGCGUCAAAAUCCGUUGGCCUUUUCGUCCUUUUCCAGCUUCUGGUCCUGACUGUUCUGAGCCAGAUAUCCGCCUUCCCCACGCCUACAGCCUCGGCGGAUGAUAAAACUGUGUACAACAGACAGUUGACAGAAGAAAGACCCCUACAAGAGCAGAUUGCCGAGGCGGACAGCGUGAAGGCUGCGGUACAGUUAGCUGAGAGCAAACGUCCCACUGCCUCCAAGGAGACAGAGUCACAGCAGGACCUUGAUGACUUAACUGUGCUGAAGUCACUGGCUGAUGGCCAGAAAUCAGAGGCCACUGAGGUGCCACUUAAGAAGGACAACCAAUACGUUCCAGACGAAUCAGACUCGACCAAGAGCCGGCGUUUGGCUGAAGACUACGACUCCACCAAGAAUGGGAUGGACUAUGGCAAGUACCAGGACGACCCAGAGAGUUUCCGCCAGGUCGAUGGCACUCCUCUGACAGCAGAAGACAUCGUCCAGAAGAUCGCAAACAAGAUCUACGAGGAGGACGACAGAGGAGUGUUUGACAGGAUCGUCUCCAAACUGCUCAAACUGGGGCUGAUCACAGAUAGUCAGGCAGACACUCUGGAGUACCAGGUGGCUGAGGCUCUCCAGGACCUCAUCACCAAAAACGCCAAGAACAACGAGAUUGAGGACAUUGAAAGCAAUGAGCAAGAAGUCAGGAGAGAGCAGGACGACCAGGGUUCGGACGCCAACAGGGACACAUGGGAGCCACUCAGACGCCGCUACAAUGAAGACGAGGAGGACGAAGAGGAAGACGAUGACGAUGAGAUUGAGGAUGAGGUGGACAGGGAUGCAGAAGAAGACGGCGGCGACACAGCUGACAACACCUGGGACAGAGAUACUGAGGAGGGCAAUGAGGUGAGCCCUGAAGACGGACUCCAAGACCUGCAGUACUUCCCCAACUUCUACCGUCUGCUCAGGAGCCUUGACUCAGAUCAGGACACUCAGGAGAGAGAGACAUUGAUCACCAUCAUGAAGACGCUGAUUGACUUUGUAAAGAUGAUGGUGAAGUACGGCACCAUUACGCCGGAGGAGGGAGUAUCGUAUCUGGAAAAUCUGGAUGCUAUGAUAGCCAUGCAGACCAAGAACAAGCUGGGCAAGUCUCUCGGGCCUCCUGACUUCACGGGACCCAACGGAAAAAACCUGGAUGAGGAUGACAACACGAAGGCUGAGGCCGCCAAGAUGCAGAAGGAGUAUGAGAACCUGAAAGACUCCACCAAGGAGGAGCAGCCGUCAACCGAGACCAGUCAGCCUGGAAAGUCAGAGACCUAUCUGGAGGCCAUCAGGAAGAACAUUGAGUGGCUAAAGAAACACAGCAAAGAAGAAGGCAAAGACGAUUAUGACCUGUCCAAGCUGAAGGACUUCAUGGACCAACAGGUGGACUCCUACAUUGAGAAGGGCAUCAUCGCCAAGGACGAAGGUGACACCAUCAAGAGGAUCUACAGCAGCCUGUAAUGCCAUCACCCAUCCCCCGACCAAGCCCUGGCCGAAAACACAUGACUGACUCCGACGCUAUGAUCACCGACAAAACACUGACUAGUUACAGUCAUUGUCCAUGGCAUGGUAAAAUAUAUACUGUGUAUUAAAAAUUACCUGCUUAGGGGAAUUUGAUCACCCUCCCAGACAGAUUUAGUAAUACUAUCAUCAACAAUCUGUCAACAAUCUGCAAUUACUCCUUACGGCUACCUAACCGAUUAUAUUUGCACGCCAAAGUCACUAAGUUAGUAACUGCUAGAAUAUUAUUGAGAGGGAAAUCAAAGUAUUUUAUGUAACAAUAUCACAUGUCCAACUAAAUGGUAGGAUUUACUACAACCUGACUCCUGUGGGAAAUGAAUGUUAUGACAGUACGAUGCUGUAGUUUUGUCAUCAUUUAUUCUUUCCAGUACAUUUUCUUUUGGAAACAUACAGAUAUAUAAAUUGUACUCAUUCUGUGUAAUCCUGUCUUAGCCCAUUAUAUUUCUUUUGUUCUCAGUGUAUAUGUAAAAUCUUAUAUAUUUUCUUUUGCUUUUUAUUCUACCAAAAAUAUAUUUGUCGUGUAUCAUGUCUGUGCCCUACGUACUCUUGUUCCGUUCUGCUGUAAUUCUUCUGGCGCACACUAGGGGGCGGUGUCUGUAUCAUCAGUUCUCUCUGCAUGUCUCUAAGUUCAAAUUUCCAUCUCUGUAGAGACAGAAGAUAAGUAUUUUUAAAUGUAAAUAUUUGUGAUUUUUUUCCUAAAGUUUAAGAGCAAUUAAAACAUUGCCUUUUCUUUGUCUGUGUA